AUGAUUCAUUUGCUUCUCGCUCCCGGGACAAAGGUAGAAGAGUCGUUCAACGUACAGGCCACCCACGAUCUGAUCUACGAGAAUUACAACAUAUCAAACUAUGACCAUAAUGACUUUCCUGGUGUCGUUCCGCGGACUUUUGUCGGACCCUUUGCUUUGGCCAGCUUUGGAUUCCCGUUACGAAUCGUGUUUUGGCUCUUCGGUAUUCAGAAAAUAUGGAUGCUCUUUGCAGUGCGCUUUUUCUUGGGUGCCGCGGUUGUGAUCUCGUUUUGCAACUUUUGUCGUUGUAUCCGCAAGCAUUUCGGCGAGGAAACAGCAAUAUUUUUGAGGGUUAUCACCGCCUCCCAAUUUCAUCUGCUUUUCUACGCAUCACGCCCGUUACCAAAUGUAUUUGCCCUGUUUGGAGUUCUUUUUGUCCUACAAAAGUGGUUUGACGGUCAGCACCAAUCGGCCGUUCGUUGGGCGACAGCGGUAACAUUUUUAUUCAGAUGCGAACUGGUGUUGCUUUUCGCUCCAGUAUUUCUACCUUCCAUUCUUGCACGACGGCUGCCACUCUUUGGGCGAAAUGGAGCGAUCUUUGCGGGAGUCACAACUGCAUUAAAAGUUUUGGCAAUUUCGGUGCCGCUCGAUUCACUGCUUUGGGGACGUUGGAUUUGGCCGGAAGGAGAGGUCGGAUGGUUCAACAUCGUUUUAAAUCGAAGCCACGAAUAUGGGGUGUCUCCUUUCUUAUGGUACUUCUACUCGGCGAUUCCCCGUGUAAUGCUUGCCUCGCUUGUGCUCGUUCCGCUUGGAUUGCUGAUUGAUAGAAGGCUGCCACCUCUUGUCAUUCCGCCGUUGAUCUUCGUCCUUCUCUACUCGAUUUUGCCACAUAAAGAACUCCGGUUUAUUCUCUACGUCUUCCCGUUGCUCAAUCUUCCAGCAGCUGUAUUUUGCGCUAGAAUGUGGAUAAGUCGUCACAAGAACUUCAUUCGCUGGCUACUCGCCUAUGGUUUUGCAGCUCAUUUGAUUGUCAAUGCGGUCGUCACGUGCCUCUUUUUGUACGCGUCCGCGAGAAAUUACCCUGGAAAUGAUGCGAUUGUCUACUUACAACACAUGAUGAGAAUGGACGGGACUAAACAUAAAACCCUCCAUUUGGACGUGAUGACGUGUCAGACGGGCGUUUCUCGAUUCCAUCAUUUGUAUACGACUUGGGAAUACAACAAAACGGAAGAGUUGGAUCAGAAUGAACUCGAGAGAUUCGACUUCUUAUCAGUUGGCGCAAAUGAUGGAAAAUUGCGGGAAUUGAUCAGUGCGAACUAUUCAUCGACUCAUCGUGUUUUGUUUGUUGUCCCGUCGUUCGAUGGAAUCAAGUGGAGGAAAUUCCGUCCAAUCAAAUGGUCACCGUUCCCAUUCUACUACCCGGAGUUGAAAUUCACGGAGAAAGUGGGUGUGUUGACGAAAAAAAUGAUGUGUGGUCGAGCUUUGAGAGCAAUUUGGAAGUUUCUCAUUGGACCAUUUUGGAGACCUUUCAUGGGAACACUGCAAGUUGCCCUGGCCGCUUUUUUGAUCAUCAAUCGCUCGUUUCUGUGCUCAUUCGAGCCGAGAUUUCCCGCUCCAAACCCAUGCAACUUCACGAAUUUGAAAGCGAAUUUGGAAAUAACACAUGAGAUCCCUCUCAAUGAACUUGGCGAGUUUCAUCAAAGCGUGCACUUUUCUCUUUCAAUCUACAUUGCCUUUCAUGCCGAGUAUCGAGAAGUCGUACACAUCAUGAAGCACAUCGAUCAAUCGCACAACAUCGCAUUGUCGGGCGAGAAUUUCCUCGAGAAUCUCACCGUUUUUUUCUACGCUCUGAACUUUGAGUUUCAUGUGCUUCUAGCCAGUUACGCGUACUUACUAUUUCGACAGAAUUCGUUGACUUCGACUUCAGCAAAAGAUUUAUCGGCUGCUUCAACGAUCGCCGAAGUACAAGUGGAUCGAGCGGCAAUAUCAACAACAAUCGACACUAGCAAUACGGAACAUGUUAAACCACCUCUUCCUCCGCCACCGACAUUUCAAGAGCAGUUGACGUUGAUCAAAGAGCGGUGCUGGCAAGCAUUUCAAGUGCUUUGUCAAAAAACUGACAAACACGAGUGUAAAGUGCUCGUUUUCGCCACCGUUGGAUUAACUCUGUACAACUUUUGUGGCAUUUUUGUGGCCCUACAAACAAUUACCCAAUACGAUGAGAUCAAAAGCAAGCGCACUUUGACAGAGUGUUGGAUCGCGUUGGUAGUGCCAGUCAUCAGCUGUUUUGAGACGACUUUCCAAACGAUUCUCAUGACCAGAUGCAAUCUUCACCACAUAGCUAUGUACUUGCUAUUUGUGCUCAAUGGAUUAGCUGUGAUCAAUAACAUGAUGGAAAUGCUGGAGGCUGGGAUUCACUCGACUCUUGUCACUCGAAUUGUCAACCGAAAUUUUCUUAUUUUCGCGCGAGCUCUGAGCAGUUUUGGACUUUUUUACAGACUGGCAUCGUUUUUCCGUUUUGGGCAUUUUAUCAAAAACUUCACGAGUGAGAAACCUCACGUGGCAUCCGAGAGUGAAGGCCUUCUCAAUCCUGAACACCAACAACACCAAGAUGAC